CAUUCACGAGCCACACCCACACCACACACGGGAGUCCACACCCAACGACGCCAGCAUCGCACGCAUGAUGUCUUUCCGCACCACGACCGAGCGAGCAUGAAAAUGCAGGCCACUCACGCACGGACAGCACGAGAAGGCAGGGAAAAAACGAGGCGCGACGACAGAAGCGAAAAGUCCCGUGUCGUGUGGUAUGGCGAGAUACCCCAAUACGACGGGUUGCCCGUCAAGUCAGCUAAAUGCCGACGGCUCCCCCCCGUCACCGUCACCGUCGUGUUGCUGGUGUUGCUCCCUCCCCCUCCUGGCCAUGGCGGCCUCCCGCUGCUUCCGCUUGUACAUCUCCCACAACAGCCGGUGCGUGUCGCUGAUCGGCGACCCAUCGGUACCCACUCCCUCGCCAAUGUGCCGCGGACUCGCCGUGGCGCCCGAAGACGAGUGCGACACAGUCGAAGACGUCUGCGAGAUGUGGACACGCGGAAGAAGCUUGCGCGCCUCAGGAGAAGAAAGCAGCGGGUGCAGCGGUGGCGACGAGUACUGCUGGUGCUCGGCCACAGGUGGGAGGGCGGGGCGGCCCUGCUGUUGGUGGUGGUGCGGUCGUCUCGUGUGAGCCGUCAGCCAUCUCCGCAGCCGCUGGUAUGCUUUCCACUGGCGAUAGAGACGGAAGAGAAGGUAGAGCCCCAACGCCACAUAGAUGGAGCUGCUGACCGAGGCCGUCACCGACCACCGAUACUGCCGUCUUGACGCCGGUCCGCCCCCUCCCCCGCCGCCCCACACCCCCACACUCUCCUCCCAAGCACGGGUCAGCCCACCCCGCCCUGUCCCCCGCCCCUUGGCCCGCCUCCCUCCCACCAGCAGCCCCAGCCACCCCAGCAGGUAGCGCAUGAGGAAUCCCCUCUCUGCCACGCCGGCGCCAAACCCGCUCACCUCCCGGAACCACUGUGUGAGCGUCAUGAGCAUCAGCCGCAGACCCUCAAUCACCGCCGCCGCCUCGGCAACCACCUUGAGCACGUCACGCAGGAAGAACCCUGGCGGCUGCUGCUGCUGCUGCUGUUGCUGCUGCUGUUGGUGGUGGGGUCCUCCCUGCAUCUCCCCCUGCUGCUGUGUCGGGUGCAUCGGUGGAUAUGGAAAUCCUGGAGAGGGUGUGGGCUCCAUCCAUGGCGGCGGGGGCGGGGGAUGGACGUACGGGGCGGCGGACGGCACCAGGCUGGGAGAGGGCUGCUCAUACACUGUGUAGCUGGGCACUGCGGCUGCUGCUGCUGGUCCUUGUGCUUGUGCUGCUGGGCCGGGGGAGGGGGAGGGGGACGGGACGCUAGAUGAGGUCCACUCAGGGGGAGGGACGGCAUCAGACGAUGAUGCUGCAGCUGGCCGCUGCUCGGCAGAUGGUGGCGCGUCAUUGGUCGGCUGCCGCUUGUCGUCGCUGCCGCCACCCUUGGUGUCCCCGCGAUGCCGCAGAAAAGGACAAGCCGACUCCUUCAUCACGACAUCAAUCGGCUAGCCACCAUUAGUCGUCUUGAUCAGUAGCAGUAGCAGUGCUCCAUGACCGUCAGAGAGGCCGUGGGAGCGCGUGGGAAGACAAAGAGUCGCUUUGCGAGUCCUUGUUCCUCAAAGAUGGCUUUUAAGCUUCCACAAGUGUCCACAGGUGGCCGUCUUCACCCUCUGCAGACCUCCCUGCUGCCUCAGCUGGCUGUCACAGGCUCCGAGAUGCCCAAGAAGUUCUAGAGAGUGCCGACACGGCUGGUGCUCACGGGAUUUGAUGGAGAAAGAACAGAAAAGAAUUCCGACGCCGUGGAGAGAGCCCCGCGGAGCCAGAGAACAAAGAGAGAAACAGGGAAAGUCAC